GCCCAAGCACAUUCUACCGCGCAUGCGCAGCAGCACCACUUUCGUUGUCAAUGUCAGUUAUCACUGGUACGCAGUUUGUUCCUUUCUGUUCCGGUAAAUGGCUGGACUGGAUGAUGAGCAGUGAAAGAAAACAUCAGUAAUUAUCAUAAUAACAGCUGUAUUUCUAAAACACCGCUGUAUUCAACAAUAUAACAUGGAGCAGGAGUUUGAGGACAUGGAUUCGGAGGGCCGGUGGCAGAAUCUGUACCUUGAAAUUCGCAACCAGUCCCAUGAAUGUCCCUACAAGGUGGCCAAGUAUCCAGAGAACCGGAACCGAAACCGAUACAGAGACGUCAGCCCAUUUGAUCACAGUCGGGUUAAACUAGAAAAUACAGAAAAUGACUACAUCAACGCAAGUCUCGUUGUGAUGGAGGAAGCUCAAAGAAGUUAUAUUUUAACUCAGGGUCCACUCAGAAACACCUGCGGUCACUUUUGGCAGAUGAUCUGGGAGCAGAAGACCAAAGCUGUGAUCAUGCUUAGCAGGGUCAUUGAGAAAGGAUCAGAAAAAUGCGCACAGUACUGGCCGACACGUGAUGAGCGUAAGAUGUCCUUCAGGGACACACGCUUCCUGGUGGUACUGGAGUCUGAAGACGUCAAGUUCUACUACACAGCGCGGGUUCUGAAGCUUCAGAACAUGAAUACCGGGGAGAGCAGGGAUAUUUACCACUACCAUUACACCACCUGGCCUGACUUCGGCGUUCCGGAGUCUCCCGCCUACUUCCUCAACUUCCUGUUCAAGGUCCGAGCAUCAGGCUCACUGGGGACGGAGCACGGACCCGCGCUGGUGCACUGCAGUGCCGGGAUUGGCCGCUCUGGGACGUUCGCGCUGGUCGACACCUGCCUCGUCCUGAUGGAACUUAGGAAAGAUCCCUCAUCUGUAGACGUGAAGAAGGUCUUACUGGAGAUGAGGAAGUACCGCAUGGGCCUGAUCCAGACCCCCGACCAGCUGCGCUUCUCCUACCUGGCUGUGAUCGAGGGCUCCAGGUUCAUCAUGGGGGACGUGUCCGUCCAGAAACGAUGGCAGGAGCUCUCCAGAGAGGAUCAGGAGCCUGCGUCGCAUUCUCCUCCCCCUCCCCCACUUCAGCCAGCCAAGCGGCCCUCAGAUAAGCUCAAUGGCAUUCGGGGGCCCUACCUGGGGGAAGGGGUGGAGCCGGAGCUAGACAGAAUACCCUCCACAGAUGUGUCCUGCAGACAACAGGAUGCUGACGUGAGCCCGGGCAACGUUCGCAAGCGGAAGAAAGAAGAGAAGAGCAUGAAGGUCCAGCCCAACAAGCUGAGGAGUGAGCCUGAGAGGAAGAGGAAACGAUACGCCAGGUCAUGGCACAUAAGUGUCAGAAGGUUGCUGUGAGAGGCUGUCGUCCAAAUGUGGUGGAUCUCUGGCCACUUUGCUCAGGUCGGCAGGUCGUAUCCCAGGGCCAGGACAGCAAACACCUAACGGGCAUGGUGAAUCCAGCGGGCAGUAAGACGACACCAGCGGGAAUCCAGUCCAUCCCGGGGGGCCAGCCGCACACACCCCUCCAAGCGUUUACAGCGUUAACUUCAGCAAUCUGCGGACGAAGAACACUUUCAGUGGGCCUCAGCCCACAUGGGUCACGACGCUCACUCUCAGGUCUGCUUCUUUCCCAUGCUUUCCACACCCAUAUUUUUACAGUUUCCCCUCAAACGGUGAAUUAUAUACUAUUUUUGUAAGAACUUACAUUUCCUACAGUUUAAGUUGUAAAAUGUUUGUUAGAAGCAGAUUUCACAAGUGUACAUACUGUACCUUUUCGAAUACUUUUUGAAAGAAACAUAUUUUUGAUUGUGUGAAAGACAGACUUGUCUGGUUUUAAAGAAAAUUGAGUUAAUGGCCAUGUUCUCCUUGGAAUAAAACCUACUGUUUGGAGAAUAAACAAACUUUGUAAUAUUUAGCUCAAGAA